UCGACGUAUCUUUACAGCUGACCUCCGCUCUUGUGAAUAGUCCCAAGCCCUGGAUACGUCUUCUUCACUUUCCAUCAGAUGGCCCUGGCACCCUUCCUCUUAGGCGUCUCAAUUGGCUCUCUGCCAUACGUUUCUGUGCAGCAGACAACUCUCUGAGCUGCCAGCUGUACCUCUCUGGCAUGGCCGGCAGACAGUCUUCGAGCAGACGAGAGCUGUGGUCACUGGCAGAUUCAUAUGACUUUAUUGCUUCGUUCCUAGGCAAAUCUGAACUAUACCGCCCACCAGUGUCUCGCCUCAAUCCUCUUGAACAAAGACGCGCUUUUCGAUCUUCCCGCGACCAGCACAACAAUGUCAACCACAGUAGACUAGAUAAGCUACAUAAACUAGUACCGGUCUCCCGUAAUUUUGCUUCACUUCGGCAGCAACAUGGCACAAGACGUCACUUCCACGACUACUUCGUCACAAACCUACCGUCCUCCUCCCUCCAUCCUGAUUCCAAGUCCUCCACUGGGCCACACCACAAGCUCCCUCGAUCAGCUUCAACGCCCCAUACUCCCGGCUCUGGGCGAUCUCCAGCAGCAGCCCCGCCCAUGAUUGGUGCCUCUCGGGAGCUUACCGUCGUACGAAUUCCCUUACGAAGCGCGAAACAUCAUUUCGGGGUCUCUGUGUCACGGGGCACGCGGCCGUACAAUGAAGAUACGUAUCAAGCAGGAACAAUAGAGAUCCCAGCAUUUGCUAAGAGGGCGCCUAUAAGUUUGAGUCGUUCGGGGUCGAAGAUCACAGCGGGCGGGGCGACGUCGGCGGAUAGUGCUAGUGGAGAUCCGCAGGUUUUCUACUUUGGCGUGUUUGAUGGGCAUGGCGGGAAUGAGUGCAGUGAUUUCUUGCGGGAGGAGUUGCAUAGCUAUGUUGAGAAUGCUGCGGAGAUUUUUGAGCUUGGGUCGAGCUUGAAAGCGGGGGGGAAGAAGGAGGAUAGAGAUGUUGGUGCGCCGAGUGCGGACCAUGGGGGUGGUGAGAACGAACUUUCAUCCCAGGGCAAGAAAAGUCUAAACAGACAUGAAAUGAAAGGCGAAGGAGAGUUCGAAGGGCUACAGAAUGUGCCAAAGAGAAAUGAUGAUAAGAGCGUCAAGGACCACCCAAAUAGCCCGGCUCUGUCUGGCGAGGAGCCAGUUUCAGCAGAAUCCAACAAACCGAAGGCCAUCGGGCUUGAGAGGGAUUUGGUGGCACAGUGGAAAGACACAGUUGGAGGCUACUUUCGCCGAUUCAAGCCUGAAUACUUCUCUUUGGCUGCUAAUGGUUCACCCCCAUCCGACACGCCAAUUUCCAUUGAGACAGCGUUGAUGUAUGCUUUCCUCAAGGCAGAUCUGGAUUUUGUUACGGCACAAGCUCGCAAGCCAGAUGCCGAGAACCAGCACGGCGAUACACCUCUGAACGCAGACGACAUUCUCGGCGAGCCUGCCCACUUAACUCCCUCGAAGCAUCGGAUUGGAGGCCCGAAACAAUUCGUAGGAGGCUCAACAGCUUCCAUAGCUCUCAUCUCCACACCGACACCAACACCAUUCUGGCAUCCGGCAUCCCCAUCCACCAUCAUCGUUGCCCACGUAGGGGAUACUCGAAUUCUCCUCUGCGACACCGCAACUGGUCUAGCAAAACCUGCUACCACAGAUCACCACCCAAGUUCUCCUGUUGAGAGCACAAGACUCCGUCGAUACGCGGCGACAUUCGUCACCGACUCCUUCGGCGAAGAGCGGAUGUCCGGCUUAGCUAACACUCGAGCCUUUGGCGACAUGCGCUCUAAACGAAUCGGCGUCUCCGCUGAGCCUGAGAUUAGGCGCAUAGAUCUCUCUCCCGCGGAGUACAGCUUCCUCGUCCUUGUAUCUGAUGGUGUGAGCGGUACGUUAUCGGAUCAGGAAAUCGUUGACGUGGUUAAGGAGGCGAAGACUCCGGAACAAGGGGCGAGAGACGUGGUGAGCUAUGCUACGGAAGUGAGUUCAGAGGGUGACAAUGCGACGUGUUUGGUGGUCAGACUUGGUGGGUGGGAGAGGAGGAUUGAGGGGGGAAUGGGGAGUAUGGGGACUAAGGAGGUGAGAGAUUUUAGAAAAGGCGAUGCUUUAGAUCCGAGAAGAGGGAGGACGUAAAUAUGAGGCAGAGAGUGCAUAUAACUUAUAUAAAGCGUAAAUUCCUUGCGAGGUGUGUUUGGAUUACCCCUC